AUGCUGGUCUCGAAGCAGGAGUACAAUCAGUAUGCAAAAACUCUAAAUGCCGCCAAGUACGAAGAAUUUAAGAACCGCGAUAAGCUACAGACGGAUGAGACGGAGCAAACGAGCAGUAAAAGUGACCGUAAAGAACGCAAGGAUCGUUCCGAGGAUAGCUACCGAGAGGACCGGGAGCGCCCGACCGAACGGUCACUGUCACAGCGUCACGAUCGUGAGCGUGAACAUUGUAACGCUAGUCCAGUCGGCGGUAGCGAUCAUCGACCGGACAGCCGGAGCACAUCCGAUAGUGACGAUGAACGGGACCGCCAACGGAGGAAGCAUAAGAAAUCGUCCUCCUCGUACGUUCGUACUUCGUCGGGCACGAAAAAGAAAUCACACAAAUACAAGCAACGCCGCGAGCGGAGGGAAGAGGGUGAUGAUUCGUCCUACGGCCGGCGUGACCAGCGACGGCAAGGCUCGGACUCGGAGUCGGACGAUAAGCACCACAAGAAGAAGACCAAGAAAAGUAAGAAACCCCGGAGCCGUUCGCGCAGUCGACGCUAG